UGUAUAAAUCAUGCGUACACUUAUCUUAGUAGAUCAGAUAUAACUGAAUUUCUACAUGUAUAUACUCGUUUACACUGGCCCAAAACAAUUGAGAACCCACUCUUCUUUCUUUUGAACUUUCCUUUUUUUUUUUUUUUUUUUUUUUUUUGCCUCAACAUAAGCUUAGAGAUCUCCAAUAUGUAUCUGCAUGGAUUUACCAUUGGUCAAUUAUUUGUACCAUUCUCUACCUAA